AUGAAAUCGGACCCAUGCACCAGGAGGUCAAAUGUCCUCUGUGAAUUCCACCAAGAAAGAGAAGACAAGACCGAAGAUUGCAUAGGUCUGCAGCAAGAAGUAGUUAGGAUGUUGAACCAGGGGUACCUAAAAGAACUGCUCAGCGAUAAAGGGAGGGCCAACUUCGCCAGAGGACGCGAUCCAUCUCAGGGACCUCCAAAGCCACCGUCGCCAGCACGCACCAUACAGAUGAUCAUUGGCAGUGGCGACGACACGGUAAUUAACCAUGUGAAAUUCACCACCACCUAUAAACUCAAUCAGACGGUCGCUCACGAAUGGUAUGAUGACCUCAAAGACAGUAUCAUCUUCGAUAAUUCAGAUGCCGACGAUUUGUCUUUCCCUCACUAUGAUGCUUUGGUUAUUAUUUUACGCUUCGCUGAUAUAGAUGUAAAAAGAAUCAUGGUGGAUGACGGAAGCGGCGCGUGUAUUGUUCACCCGCGAGUUCUCAUGCAAAUGAGGCUUGAGGAUAAAAUAAUACCGCGUUGCAUAACACUAACGGGUUGUAAUAAUGCAGUAGAGCGGACAUUCGGAGAAAUAGUGUUACCUGUCCUAGCAGGAGGAGUGACACUGGAAAUAAUAUUCCAUGUCAUGAACAGGAAACAACUUAAAACGCCAUCAUAG